AUGGAGCCUGCGUCAAUCUCUGUAUUACUUGGUGGACUUGCUGAAUGUAUGGAGUAUUUAAUAAGAAUAGCUGAAGUGCUUUUACAAUUGAUUUCACAAGGACAAGAAGCUGCUUGUGUACAAGAAAAUGAUACAAUAGUAGUUGAUACACCUCCUCCUGACGAAGAUUCACUACCAGAUCUCGGUGAUCUCUCAGAUUUAGAAGCAAUACUUGACGCAAGAGAAGAUGAAGCCCUACCCUCUGACGAAGCUAUGUUAGACAUAGAUGAGUUAUAUGAAGAUGUGCUCUCUGUUAUAAACAAUGACUUAGCAAAUGGAUAA